GAAGUGACAGAAGGGGAAGGUGACGUAACGUAAAAAGUGACGUUGUACUCAAUGGUAAUGUAAAAAACUCAUAAGGCCGUAACAUCUCCUUACUUUUAUUAACAAGUAAGCUCAUUUCACUUAUGUUAGUUCACUACUCAUACUUAACGAAAGUCCUACUGAUUUUAAAAAUAGCAUUUUCUGUCUUGAUGCAACGGGCCCCAUUUUUAAGAAUAAGUUUAUCAGCGCAGUGUUCCACAUCGUAUACCGCAAAUAGUUAGCCUAAAACCGAAAUCUUCAAUAGAUUCUGCAGAGCAUAAACAUUACAACUGUAACAAUGAGAUUUAGAAUAAAACAAUUCUUCCCCGGCACAGUCAUUAUAUGGAUCAGGUUAAAUUUCCAUUGCUUGUUUGAUUCUUGAAAAUAGAAAAAUGGAUGAAGAGAAAGACGUUUCAGACACAUUUCCGCUGGAAGCGAAUGAUACCAACAAACAUCAAGAAUCCGAGCAUGAAGAAGCUGACGAGAAAACUACGGAGGAAAUUCUGGAUAGAUCCUUGCUUUGCGGUUGGGGAAAAUGGCGGCCGAAGUUCCUGCAGCCUUUGUCCAGACCAAGUGUCUUUCUAAUAGUUCUUGUUGUUUAUGCUAUGACAGCAGGGGUAGUAAGUGGUCUGACAGCGGUGAAUAUUCCAGACAUUGAAAAAGAAUUCGGUUUUAGCAGCAAGCAGUCAGCCUUGAUCCUUCUCACUAAUGACAUUGGAGGAAUGGUAAUGCUGCCAUUCAUAAGCUUCUAUGGAGCUCAUGGCAAAAAACCAAAAUGGAUUGGCAUUGGUGCAUUAGUGACAGGCAUUGGUGUACUGUUAAUGGCCCUUCCGAAACUGAUGAUUGGCAAUUACUCUGUUCCCGGCCUUACACAACGAUCAAAUUUGUGUAACAUUGGUCUCAAUGACUUAGCGGGAAGCUGCAGUGGGCCACAAGGUUACGGAUCAGCGGACAAAUAUCUAGCCAUUUUUUGUCUUGCACAGAUCGUUAUUGGUUUAGGGAUCACACCUCUUUGGCCUCUCAGUCCUGCAUAUUUGGAUGAAAAUUUGAACCCUAAAAUGUCUCCUAUUUACCUUGGUGUAUGGUUUGUUUCUAUGUUUCUUGGCCGUGGUUUCGGGUAUGCUGUGGGUGGUACUUUUUCAAGGACUUUCACGAAUAUUGCAUUGCCUGCAGGAGUUACUGUAUCGAGGGAGGAUCCUCGUUGGAUUGGGGCCUGGUGGCUUGGCUUCUUCGUUUUUGCAUGGUUUGCCAUCAUUCCUGGCGUCUUUCUGAUAUGCUUCCCACGCGAGAUGCCAAAAUAUCGCAAAAGACGACUUGAAGCUAUGGAUGCGGGAAAACUUCCACCAGCAAACAAUGAAAUUGGCAAAGGACUGGUAGGUCUAUUGAGGAGCUUGAUCGAUCUUCUCAAAAACAAGACAUAUGUCUUUUCUUGCCUUGGCUUAACAAUAGAGCUUAUAUUUGCUGCUGCGUUGAGAGGAUUCUACACAAAAAUCAUCGUUCUCAAAUUUGGUGGCAGUUUGUCAAAAAUAGCACUUUUGUCAGCAGCUGUAUUCAUUCCAGGAAAUACCCUUGGAGUUGGUAUUGGAUCACUUAUAAUGAAAAAGCUACCAAUUGCAGACUCAGUUAAGAGGGCAGCACAAUAUCUUAUCAUAAUGGGUGUGGCUUUGACAAUAUUUUCAUCUAUCUGGUUGCUGCCUGGUUGCAACUCAACAAAUGUUGUUGGGGUAACAAUUCCUUAUCAGAGCAAAGAAAUUGGAAAAAUCAAAGCAAAGUGCAAUUCUUUAUGUGGGUGUUCACAACGUUCAUAUGAGCCAGUAUGUGGAAAAGAUGGUUAUACAUAUUUCUCGCCAUGUUUUGCUGGCUGCAGUUCCAAAGUCAAAGGAAGCGCUACCAACUGCUCAUGUGUUCGACUUGGCAACCAAACUAUUUCUACGUCGACAAACGCAAGUUCAACAGCAGUUCUCAAUAACUUUGAGUCCGUUUCAGCUGGCCGUUGUGACAGACAGUGUAAAAACCUAGUUCUUUUCUUAGCUCUGAGUGCAAUAACCUUGAUGAUAUCAUUCACUGGUGCCAUUCCGCAGAGAAUGCUAACGAUGAGAUGCGUGGCAGAUAACCAGCGUGCAUUUGGACAAGGAAUCAUGACCAUGAAUGCGAGGCUACUAAGCUUUAUUCCUGGUCCAAUUAUCCUCGGAUCGAUAAUCGACUCAAGUUGCCUUCUUUGGGGAAAGGAUGAUUGUGGAAAUCAAGGGAACUGUUUGGAAUACGACGUUGACAAAAUCUCCAAGAGUUUCUUUAUAUUUGCACUUGUGGCAGCAAUUUCAGCAACGAUAUUGAAUUUUCUGGCUUGGUAUUCCUACGUUCCUCAGCCAAUAAAGUUUGAAAAGAAGCCACCAAACAACAACGAAAAUGUAGAACUUACCCAAGAUUCAACGGAGAAGGCAUGAGAUGUUCCCUUCGAUGACGCACUACACUAAUAAACCAACCAUAAUUAACAGUCCUUCACAGACAAAGUAGAUCGCGUUUUUUAUAAUCAUCUAAAAUUGUCAUUAUAAAAGAAAACAAU